UUCUUUUGUGUAAAUCAAUAAAUUUACCAAAAAGAUAAAAAUGGCAGACAACAUACUGCAUCUCGAUAUUUGGCCGGGUGAAUGGGAUCUCCCGUCUGUUGAUCACAAUUGUCUUGCGGCAUUAGCAUAUUGUAGAUUUUCUGGUGUUCCAGUGAAAGUAAAGAAAGCCAGAAAUCCUUGGUCAUCGCCUAAUGGAAACUUUCCAGUGAUGAGGCACAAUGAUGUCAAGGAAACUGACGUGAACAAUAUCUUUAACUAUUUAAGGAAACAGAACUGGGGUAUUGACUCAAAUCUGUCGCGGAAGCAAUGUGCCGAUGUGGUUGCCUUUACCGCCAUGAUGAACAACAGACUGCUCCCUGCACUGCUUCAUCAGCUGUGGAUUGACAACGACACCUAUUCCAAUGUGACAGGACCUUGGUUCACGCGGACGGCUGCCUUCCCGUACAAAUUCUGGCUCGCAUCUCGACUACACAAGGAGGCCUUAAAGAAAGUGUAUGAGCCCCACUCCAUGGCUAAUGUGACAAAUGAAAAUAUAGAUGCAAAGAUAUACCGUGAGGCCAAAGACUGCCUCACGUACUUAUCUCAGAAACUCGGGGACCAAGAUUACUUCUUCGGUAGCACGCCAUCAUCGCUGGACGCACUAGUGUUUAGCUACACAGCCCCCCUUCUUAAGGCCCCCUUGAACAGCAACCCCCUGACUAACCAUCUACAUGGCUUCACAGAGAACCUCUGUUUACACACUCGAAGGAUUCUUCGCGAGUUCUUCCCACCUACACAGGAGGAGAUUGAAGCAAAACAAAAGGAGGAGGCCAACCGCAAGGCUGCUGAGGCAGAGAGCGCGGAAAACCGCACAAGAAAUCGAGACAUGAUCAUAACUGGGGCCUUUGCAGUUAUGUCCAUGGCUGUGUUUGUCUCGGUGAAUAGGUUACUGGACUUGAGUGUAUUUGAGAGAGUGUUGGGGACUAAUGACACACUUGAUGGUGAUAUUUGACUUACUAAUGUCGUGCUAGAAUUAGUGAUUGUGUACAUUGUGUUUUUGUAUAUCAGAACGGGCAAUAAUAGCACAAUUGAUGACAAUAUUUGACCAACAAGAAAUGUGGGUUAAAGAUCAGAUAUAAAUAAAACAUGUUGUCUUCGUAUAUUAGAUCUUUAGUGUAAAAUUCCCACAACUUUCACGGAGCAGUGAAAGUUGCUUGUGUUUUUGCUUUAAUAAUAGUCAAUUGUGAUAUGACAUUGUAAAGGAUUGGAAUAAAAGACAGAAUGAAGGAA